AUGGCUACUCCGACACCUGGAAAACAGCCUCAAGUUGUUGCAACCCCUCCGGUCUCAACUCCCUUCUCAACCUCAAAUCACCACCCAGCCUUUUCUCCCCAUGGCCCCCGGUCCGUCGUCCUCUCACCACAGCAGGUGAAGAAAUCGCCCGCGAACUCGAAUACAGUCUACGGAUAUCCCAGCGGCGGCGGACAUCCUACGAAUUCCUCGUUCGGCGUAGGGUAUGACAGUCCAUCUGCGGCGAUGGCCCUGGGAGGCGCAUCGGGGCUUGCGGACCUGGGGCUUGAUGGGAUUGCGGGGACGGGUAUAGGAGGGCUUGGUAGUAUUGGAGGGAGGGGCGACGAGGAUGAAAGGAAGAGAAAGUUGCAGCAGGUUAUGGAAAUCUUACAGAAUAAUAAAGGGCGCCUGAGCGAAGCUGGAAUCGAAAGACUGGCACGACGAAUGGGGUUGGAGUGUUUGUGGGAAACUCAUAUGGGAAGCGGAGGCAGCAUGAGAACAUUGAUUAUAGCUGGUUCAGCACUUGCCCUCGAUAUUGAUUUCUCGAAUAACGUGGUUAAGAAGGUGGCGCUAUCAUUUCCUGAAUCCACGGAGUUUGUCACAAAGCACACAGAGAAAGCGGGGGAUAUAUUGCUGAGGGAUCUACAAUUGGGCCCGAAUGAGAGUCCGUUGACGAAGAUGCUGGAUCGAUUUGCUGCCAAUCUAGAGCGGCUUGCUGCACUGGAUAAGCUGAGUAUUAUUCCAGGGCUUAACUGUCAUGAGGCUAUUGCGGGGAUCUAUGAAAGUCUUGAGAGGUUGCACAUAUGGGAGGCGGAGAGAUUGCGGGAACAGGCUGAUAUGGAGGGGAAGGAUACUGCGUAUAUUGAGAGGACAGCGAUGUGUACAAAAAGUGGGAAGCCAGCCAUGCACACCAGAGACAGGCUCGGACUAAGCAUCGAUUACUGGCAGAGUAAACGGAGAGUCACGCCAACCAGUACCAAAACGACGGAGAGGACUUGGUCUCUUCUAGUGGAGUGUGCCCCGUUACCUGCCUUGGUAUUUCCGCCGCUGCGGGUGUCGCAGAACUGGAUAUCUCCUAGCAUCCAAAAAGCUGCUUCUGAAGUCGAUGAGAUUUUCUCACAGGGCCCUAUACUGGAUUGGCUGGAACCGGACAAUAUGCUCCUUCCAUCUGUAAAACCAGACGCAAUGGAAGACAUCGACCAAUCCUCGACUCAGAAGGUUCCGGAGGCCAUGUUUGUAGCGAAAUAUGACCCUCCCCUUAUAGUGCCCAUGGGGCUGGCGAUGCAGAUUUACAGUUCGACAAAUGCUAAUUCUCACCUCGACGUGUAUCAAACGACCACGUUCGACGGCCUUAUGUUUCCCCACAGUCCAAACGAAUCCAUCGAACCUACCGAAGCACGAACAAUUGAAACGGAGUCCACAGUCCCAGUCUUCGAUAGUAAAGGCGUUAAAUCUACGCAGACCCAUCGAAAUACGUUGCUGAUUGAGAAAAUUGACUAUGGCCGCAAGUUAACCGACCUUCCCUUCUCUCAUCCCAGGCAAUUGGUUGAGAUGCUACCAGCUCUUCGUCAAUACGCGUUCCUCUCCACAGUCUUGGGAAAGACUUUCGGCGCUGACUCGAAACUUAUAACCAAGGACCCCAACAUUAAUCCUACAAUGAGCAAGAAAGCUGCGUUUGCGGAUUUUAUGUCUCAACCUCCGGUAAGGAAACAUGAAGCAUUCAAGAUGGAUGUUACUUUGACGACACAGCCCUUACUCCGUCUACGUGUGGUGUUUCCUUGUAGGAAAGAAACUGCCGAUGUCACGUUUGAUAUUAAGCUCAAUGGUGUUGUGGAGGUUGUAUCACAGAAUUUGCUUGAUGAAGAUGCUGAGAGUGGGCGAAAGGGGUUGAUUGCUGCGGAUUUGGGAAGGAUGCUAGAGAUUACAGAGGAUUUGGGGAUCUGGGCUGAGUAUAUUAGGAGGCGUUUGGGAUAG